GCCGUCUGGGUGCCCUGCCCACGCUCAGCUGCUUGGAGCCGUGUGCUGUGGGGUCCAGGGCAGUGGGUUUGGGGUACUUUGGGGUGCAGCCAGCACCCCUAAACUUUUCCCUGGGUUGGGGGCUGCUGCAAUAACCCAGGGGACCCGGUUCCCUGCUCCCCUGGGGUGCUGAGGCAGGGGGACAAGCGCCUGGCCUGGAUGACGCUGGCACCCCACGGGCACCCCGCAGCCCUCACUGAGGCACGGGGUGGGCUCCUGCACCCCUAGAUGGGACCCCCAUUCCCAUUGCGGGCGCAGCGGUAGGGCUGCGGUGACCUCCGGUCCCUGCACAGGCAGUGUCGCUGCCGCUCCCCGGGCAGGAUGGCCAAUCCGGACGCCUACCUGCGGCAGCCCUGGCGCAUGGUGCACGGUAUUCCCAUGGUCAACGCCUUUGCCUAUGACUGGGAGCGGAUCGACAACUUCCAGAGCCGCCCCGAGGACAUCGUGGUGGUCACCUUCCCCAAAUCCGGCACCACCUGGGUCAGCGAGAUCGUGGACAUGAUCCUGCAAGGCGGUGACCCCGAGAAGUGCAAGCGGGACAUUAUCACCAAGAGGGUGCCCAUGCUGGAGUUCUCUGCCCCCGGGGAGAUGCCAGCAGGGACGGACCUGCUGGCCACCAUGCCCUCACCCCGUGUGGUGAAGACCCACCUGCCCACACAUAUCCUGCCCAAAUCCUUCUGGGAAAACCGCUGCAAGAUGAUCUACGUGGGGCGCAACGCCAAGGACGUGGCCGUCUCCUUCUACCACUUUGACCUGAUGAACAAGUUCCAGCCGCACCCCGGGACGUGGGCCCAGUACCUGGAGCAGUUCAUGGCUGGCAGAGUGGCAUAUGGCUCCUGGUACGACCACGUCAAGGACUACUGGGAACGGAGGAAGGAUCACCCCAUCCUCUACCUCUUCUAUGAGGACUUGAAGGAGGACCUCCGCCGGGAGAUUGCCAAGGUGGCCCAAUUCCUGGGGCGGGAGGUGCCGGAGGCGGCGCUGGACACCAUGACCCGACACACCUCCUUCGAGGCCAUGCGGGACAACCCCACCACCAACUACAGCAUGGUGCCCUCCCACCUCAUGGACCAGGGCGUCUCUCCCUUCAUGCGCAAAGGCACUGUUGGAGACUGGAAGAACUAUUUCACCGUGGCCCAGAGCGAGCGCUUCGACCGGGACUACGUGCAGAAGAUGUCGGGCACCGAUCUGUGCUUCCGCACCCAGAUCUGAGGAGGCACCGCUGGACGCCCCCCAACCCACACCCCCCCCCAGUCCUGCUCCCCCGCAGCACCUCCAGCACCACCCCAGCCUGCCUGUGUCUCACCGGCCUCCCUGCGCCAGAGGGACUUUUGCAAAAAUAGCGAGCUUUAUUUCUGCAUCUUUCUCCCAAAUUUGCAGCCAUGUGGAAGCUGCUGCAUUGCUAGUGUGCUGCGAAGCCUCAUCCCACCUUGCAUCGCCCCAGCCCCACAUUGCCCAGCCAGGACAUGCAUGGGAGAUACACCUGUGCACCUUUUUUUGGAGGAAUAAAAAAGGCAGUAUGCGGUACAGAGGCGUUUCCAGCACGCGAUGAAUAAACGUUGUUGGCAGCUUCCACAUGUGCAUCUCUGCCAUGGCCAGGGCUCACAUAGGGUCCGGCACCCACUGCCUCCUACCUCAGAACCCCCCGUGCUGAUGUCACACUUUGGGGGGGGACUAGACAGGACAGGGCAUGGUGAUGGCCAUGCCCCCUCCUUGCUGCUGGGGCCAUGUGGAAGAGAUGAGGUGAAUGGGAUGGGGACAAAACCAGCCCCAGGGUGUCCGGGAGAUGGAGGCAGCCUGGGGAGCUUUGGACCAAUCCUUCCACUCAGGAGCAACGAAGCUAGAAGCAAAAGAAGGAUUUUGCCUGUCACUUUUGUGCUGUUCAGCUCCCAGGGACCUGGAAGCUGUUAUGCUGUGCCAGUCUCCCCACAACCACAUCACCCAGCAGGUAUGGUGGGUCCCUGGGGGUCAGACGAAAGGGUCCUCUUGGCUGCUCCCCCUCCCACCGUGGCCAGAAAAACCACAGCUAAAGGGCACACUGCAGCGCAUGAUGCAGCUAGGGAGCUGGAACAGCAUUGCUAAAAGCUGGUGCUUUUAAAAUCAUUGGGUUUAUGUCGCAAUCAUUUUAAGAAUAGGAAACCAAGUCAGAUGGUUGUUGGGUCCCAGUUCCUCAGAUGCCGUCCUCUCCUGGCCACGUUCAUCAUCUUCUCUUUGGUUUGGUACACAUGCAAGAAAAACUUGCCUGCAACCUGGAGGAAAUAUUCAUUGCUCGUAGGCACGGAGCAUCUCUGAAGAUGCGAUUUCUUUCCCAGGAGUGGGUGAACAAGGCCAAGAGGUUAAAAAAAAUGAUUGGGGACCUGGGGGACAGGCAAGGUUGACAGGGAUGCAGCCAGGCACAUCCCAGCACUGAAACAGGGGCUAUUGGAUGUGAAACAGCUCCGCUGUUCUCCAGGGAUGAGACUGACAGUCAGGUGGGACCUGUCCAGCAAUACAGACAGCAAAACUGAGUUACAUCCCAUCAUUCAGCAAAAUCCUUGGAGUCUAGCCAUUAGGUACCGCAACCCAACAAAAGUGGGGGUGGUGGGCGUUGCAGCAGAGAUAGGUCUUACCUACCUGGAUGUGUGGGGACAAAACAAGGAGAAAAAGAGAAGAUACAAAACUGUGAUCCGUCAUUGGAAGAAAUGUUAUUUUAAGUCAUAAUAAAAUAAUUGCACAUA